AUGGAUGUAGGAGGCACUCCGUUCCGAACGGAUAGUUUGGUGUACGGAGCUUCGGAGGUUACGCUGAAGAAUGGACCCAACUAUUUGGAGCAACAACAGUCUGAGUCUGGUCAUGGAGGAGAAGCAGCAGUACUGAAUUCCGGUACCGGCCUUUGUGGAGGGAUUGAUGGAUAUUCAGGUUUCGGAGGUGAUGGAGAUUUCAAUGAAGGUGGCGGGUUUGGAAGCUCUACUUUUGAGGAAGUCGGCGAAGGGGAAAUGGACUUGGCAAUGUAUGCAGAAGGCAAUCAAUUCCAACAAGAAAGUAAUGGAAAUGUUACUGGUCAGGAUAACGACAAUAUUUCUGGAGGCAUGGGAGCCGCCUCUCAAUAUUUUGAAGUUGGCAGUAGUAACCGUCAGUUUCCUAAUGCGUCACAACGAUGGGGUGGUGAAAAUAUGGAAGUGGAUGAAAGACCCCAGUUUACAAUUGAACUGGAACUUUACUUUGAUCUGAAUAAGGACCUGGUUUUUGGUGCAGAUUUUUUAGGCAAUAGAAAUGGUAUUAGUAUUGGCUCCGGUGGGAAUUAUGGUGCAAAUAAUGAGACCCUUGGGUUUGUAAAUGAUGGAAUAACAGAAGAUUUGGUUAUAAAUCCAAUCACCGAUAAUACCAAUGACAAUAUGAACACUAUAGGGGCAACCCAAGAUACGACUCUGUUUUUUGUGGGUUCCGGUAUGAAUUAUCAAGUGGUUGAUUCGUUGGGGUCUGAUCCAAUCGAUGCAUUGAGUAAGGAAUUUCAUGCUGAUGGACUGCUUGAACAUGAUUUCUUACGAAAACAUGGUGGAGAUGAAAACAAAGAUGUGCUACCUCUGCCUCAACUGCAACAAUACGCUUUAUCAGAAACUCAACUGGGCCAAUCAAAUCAAACCGUUGAUAUUCAAAGCAAACAACCAUUUUUCACUCAACAGCAACAGAAAUUGCAACAGCAACUGCUGAAACUUCAACUUUCUCAACAUCAUAACUUACAUUUCCAACAGGAUCAAAGACGGGAUAGUCUGAAUGAACAUUUGGGUGCUUCCUUAUUACUGCAUGGACCAAAGAGAAACUCUCUGGUACUUGACGAUGAACGUGGUGGUGGACAUCCUCCUCAUUCGAAUUCUGUUCUGAGUCAGCAUUCUCAACAUCAUGCACGAUAUAAGAAUCAAUUGCAUCGUGAAUCUAUUGAUAGUUUAACCUUGUCAUUGCAUUUACAAGAUAAUCCUCAAAUAGGUAACUUCAAUGAGUUAUCGCCGUUAACAACCACAACAUCAUUGACACCCUCCGUUAGUUCUAUGCAUUCAACCCAACCUUCAUUUCUAUCUGCUCAACAAUUUUUCAGUAGGAAUUCAUUUGAACAAAUGCCUCCUGCUCCUUCAUCAACUCGUGGAUCUCUUGAUUUAUACCCUAAAAACAGACAAUCAAUAGAUAGUCAACAAUCAGGAAACCGUAGGGGGAGGUAUACGGAUUUCACCACUUCAUUUUACAAUUACUUCCCUUUUAGAAGUGAUAGGAAUCAGCAACUGUCACCGGUAUCGAACUCAUCUUCACCAAAUUCCCCUGGUGACAAUUUGAAAUCUCCAAAGGAGACUCAACCUCCACCUCAACAAUCAAGGAUGUUAAUAAGGAGUAUCUUUAGAAGUCAGAAUAAUGGGGAAGAUGUUACUAUACCCCGACCAUUGGAAGAUGAUCUCGAGCAGCCUGAUUUUUUAUUGAAGAAUGAAGAUGGUGGUGAACCUUCGGGAUCAAAUAAGAAAGUUAAGAAGCCAAGAAGGGGUUUAUUCAUGCGCUUUAAACCAGUUCCGAAGGAUCAAGUCAUGGAAGAUGGGGGGGUAGUAACGGAAUCAAGAGAUAGUGAGAGUUUGGAUAAUUCCAAUAAGUCUAUAAGUAAGAUCUCAUCUAAUGGAGACAUUGCACCAACAAUUCUGUCCGAUAAAGCUGGUAAUAAUACUAAUAAUAAUACAAUUAAAGAGGAACCGGAUGAUAAGAGCUGGGAACCUGAUUAUGCAGCAUUAUUUCAAAAAGUUGGAAGACGUAAGGUUUAUCCAUCAUAUAAGAAGACCAACACUAAAUUAGGUACCAAAUCCUCACAAGAGAAUAUCAAUGGAUCACUUCAAAAUUCCAUUGGAUCAGGAGAAUCUUCUUCACAAGGGAUGACAGUAAGUAUGUCUAAUGAAGCUGGCAAUGCCAAAUUGGAAGAAGAUGAUGGAAGAUCUUCAAUAGCUGAAUCACAUUCAUCUCGAAAUACUGAUUUAUCAGGUAUGGAACAAAUACUGGGUACCAGUGAGACGUCUCAAAGUAAUGGAUCUACGUUAGCCACGGCAUCUAAGAGAAUAUUAGGAUCCAAAUUAUUGCUUAUGAAGAAAACCAAGGAUGCAUCUGCUGCCACUUUAGCCUCUGUUGAUUCCCAGGAUCGUUCUCAGAAUGAAGAAGGAGUAGAAGUUGAAGUUGACUUGAGUUCACUUAAAUUACCUGCCAACACCCAAGUGUAUCAAACUGUUAAGACUAAGAGUAAGACUAGAGGAAGAAAGGAAAAUAAACAAGCUGACAUGGUUGAUUCAAGUAAGAUAUUUUUAUGCAAUUAUUGUUCUAGACGGUUUAAAAGACAAGAACAUUUAAAGAGACAUUUCCGUUCCUUACACACAUGUGAAAAGCCUUAUGAUUGUCCUCAUUGCCAUAAGAAGUUCAGUCGACUGGAUAACUUGAAUCUGCAUUUAAAGACCCAUAAACGUGAAGGAGAAGACGACGAUAUUCCAGAGAUUCCUGAAGAGUCAAUGGAUACGGAUAUGCCCGAGUCACAGCAAACCAAUGUGGUAUAA